AGCGCGUGCGCGUAGUGGCUGCGGUCGUACGUCACAGAGGAAGAUGGAGGAAUAUGCACGCGAGCCCUGCCCAUGGAGGAUAGUUGAUGACUGUGGUGGAGCUUUUACAAUGGGUGCCAUUGGUGGUGGAAUAUUUCAGUCAAUUAAAGGCUUCAGGAAUGCUCCAGUCGGAAUGAGUCACAGGCUUCGUGGAAGUUUGACUGCAGUUAAGACCAGAGCUCCACAAUUAGGAGGAAGCUUUGCUAUAUGGGGUGGGCUGUUUUCCAUGAUUGACUGUGGCUUAGUAAAGGUCAGAGGUAAAGAAGACCCGUGGAACUCCAUAACCAGUGGAGCCUUAACAGGAGCAAUAUUAGCUGCACGAAAUGGUCCAGUGGCAAUGGUGGGAUCAGCUGCUAUGGGAGGUAUACUUCUUGCCUUGAUUGAAGGGGCUGGAAUAAUGCUCACACGAUUUGCUUCAACACAAUUUCCAACAGGUCCACAGUUUGUAGAUGACCCAACUCAGCUACAGACUCCAUCAUUUGGUGAAUAUCGACAAUAUCAGUGACAAAUCCAUUGCAAUACCUCUAGCUUUGUGGAUGCUGAGAAGAUAUGUUAACAAAUAGUCACUCCAGACAUCUGUGAAGAGCACACCAUCUUACAUGUAGUCACGUUACAAUUUAUUUUAAGGUGGCUGAUCUGAGUUAUUGCAAGACUGGUGUGAUGAGAAAAGGCCAUUGUGGAAAGUUUGAGAAUGUAUAAAAUAAUUUUCUGCCAAUGGCCUUGAAAUAUAUGUAUAUAUGGUAUAUCCCAUAUUUUACUUUGAUAUGAAGGUCCUUAUCAGCAACUGUUAUUUAGUCCAAGAUUAUUUUUAUGCCUCAGUUUUAUAGAAAUCUCUGGUCAAUGUAUAUGUAAACUAUGGUAAAAUCUGUUGACAUUUGCCCUUUGUCAUUUCAUAUUCAACAAAUAUAAUCAGAACAGCCAGUUCCUUUCGAGGUACUUUUCAAUCUGAAUGGGCACAAGUCACAAAACAUUGAGGGAAAAGUUGUUCCAUCUCAUGACAUUAAAAAUUUAAGGCCAAAUCAUCGUUCAUUGUUUUAAUUUAUUUAAUACUUUGGGGACUUGUCUUAUGAAACUUCUGUGCCAAAUGUAUUUUGCUAGAUAUCUUAAUUUGAUGUAUUAGGCUAAUAUAGAGUGAUAAUUACUUGACCUGCAUUAUUUAUCAUUCAACUUGAUGCACUUGUGCUAGGGAAAAAUUAUUUCUAUAGUUAGAAGAAAAAGUUGGAAUUUGGGCACUUAUUUUUAAAAAAAACCUUUUUAUAGACCUAACAUAAUUGGGUUUUCAGUUUAAUGGGUCAUUUAUCACUUUCACCCUGCCCUUCAAUACUUUGAAUUGAGUUAUGCAUCACGCAACUUGUCACUUGAUUGUACCUAACUAAAUUUCCAUUGAGUUGGUAUUUCUGGCACAAUGAAGAACACUAGUGCGUUUAGAACAUUUGUUUAAAAUAUUCUGAAAGUAUAUCGUCAAUAAAUAUAAAAUUUAAAUUUUU